CAAAUUGUCAAGACGACAUGCUGGCUAUAUCGUCAACCGGUAAUGAGACUCUUGAAGACGCACAUAAUUACUGUGGAAACGGGUCGUUUUCCGCUAUUUCGCAGGCAAACACCCUUACAAUCGGACUGUUUUCGACGCUUACCUCUCCUGGUGGACAGUUCCGUUGUAUCAUGACCGCUGUCAAGGACAGUCCGGAAGAACUGGGAGGACCGGCGCUACAAAACCAACUGGAAUGCGACUGUGGUUGGAGGAUAUCGCCUAGAAUCGUUGGGGGACAUGAGCCGAGAAUCAACGAGUUCCCUUGGAUGGCGGGAAUUAUAGAUCUGCGCAUUCGAAUGCUAUGGUGCGGGGCUAACAUAAUCUCGGAAUUUUUCGUACUGACCGCUGCCCAUUGCAUCGAUCAGAAACCACCCGACAUGUUGGCGGUGUUGACGGGCGAGCACAACCUCACUACAGGAAACGACACCCCAGCGACUGCAAUUUAUCUGGUUAGCACCUACGUAAUCCACCCCGACUAUGAAGACACUUAUUACACCGGUGACAUCGCUAUCGUUCAAACCAAGACCCAAAUAUUAUUCAGUUUCUAUGUCGGCCCCAUAUGCUUACCAUUUCAGUACACGAAUUACAAUUUCGUUGGUGAAGUUGUUACGAUAUUAGGAUGGGGCAGUAUGGAAUAUUUUGGGCCUACUUCCGACGUGAUAUUGGAGACACUUGUCACUAUAGUUUCGAACGAGCAAUGCGCCCAACAGUUUGGUAUGAUCAUCGACAAACAGAUAUGUACAUAUGGUGAAAAACGGGACGCGUGCUAUAGAGAUUCCGGAGGACCGUUGCUGUGGGCGCACGCGAACUCUGCCAGGCUGCACCUCAUCGGGAUCAUAUCACAAGGACGUCUGUGCGGCGGCGACAUUCCCUCAGUCAACACCAAGGUUACUCCGUAUUUGAGUUGGAUUGUUUCCACAACUGGUGUGACUUUUUGUUCCCGCUAGACACGGCCUCUACAGAAGACUGCAUCAUUGCUAUUUUGCAAAUAAUAAGUAAAAUAAUAUUCGAUUAAUUGUAUUUAUGUUACUGAGGAAUCAAUAAAUGUUUAUAUGGUUG